AUGUCUUUAUUGACUAAAAGCGAAUGUCACAUAUGUGAGGGUGAACUAACAGCUACAGAUGAUGUGAUACUCACAGAGUGUCAUCAUACAUUUCAUCGAAGUUGUGCUCAAAAGCGUCUUGACACACGCAACAAGUCGGAUUGUCCUAUAUGCCAUCAACAGUCAGCCAUUACCAAUGCACUUUCUCGCGAUACUGCGACAACAAUUACACAAUCUACAGAAGAUGUUGAUGAUCUAUCUGAAAAUAUUGAAGAAGAAAGCGAUCCUGUGCGGCAAAUGGAUUCUGAAAAAUCCAUUGAUACAAAUGAAAAUUGUUGGAAAUGUGAUGAAUGUUCAGUAAGUAAUGCAGAAUCAAUAAAACGAUGUCAAAAUUGUGGAAAAUUAAAAUAUGACAUCUCUUCAACAUUUGACGAAGAAGUGACAAAUGAAGAAUCACCGUCAUCAAAGCUAUCUGUUUUAGUUUCUUCGAAAUCAAACACAUCAACUUAUGAAACGGAAAAUAAAACCACAAAACAAAAUAUGAAAUCAAUCGUAGAAUCCGAUGAACAAAAAUCUCUGGAUACAAAAUUCUCAUACGAAGGAGCGAAACCAUCAGCACAAUCGGGUGUUAUUGUUUAUAUUAUUGAUCUUCCAUCAAAUAUUAAUGAUAAUAUUCGUCUAGCAAAUCUAAUUCAAAGUCGUAUGGAAAACUCUCUUCAAAUCACACCAAUUAUCGUUAAAUGCUAUUCAAAAUUAAGUGCUGGUUUCAUCUAUGUUCGCGAUAAUCAGAUCAAAAAUCGAUUAAUUGAUGAGAUUAAACAGCUAGCAUUAGAUCCAGUAGAAGGUACAUCAUUAAUUUCAUUUCGUGAUAAAAUUGAACUUAUUUCAUAUAUUGUGAUUGAUAAAACAAACGAAAGAAAAAAUGUAAUUUUACCGAAACCGGAUGAAAUUCUUAAGCGAUGGAUUCAAAUAAAUCAUGGUGAAAGAACUUCCUCUUGUGAUCAAGUUAAUAUGCAAUUCCCUAACAUUUAUCGUAUUAUUUCAACUUCGUUCGAUGAUUCAGUCGCUGUGAUGUCUAAUCCAGAUUUCCUAAUUAAUAAACUACUUGCUCAUGUUUAUGUUGGUGCACAGUGUCGUUAUUUUGAAGAUUUACCCAAAUCAAUAACCAAAGAACAAUUAGAGAUGGCUAUUUGUGAUUUACUUGGAAUUAAAAUUUUGCCAUCUUUCUCACUUCAUAUUGAACUGAAUAAACAGACAAGUAAUGCUUGCAUAAUAGCUGCCGAUAUAGCUAGAGAAUGUACAGCAAGAAAUGUUCUUUAUCUUGAUGGUAAAUCGAUAUCGAUCAAAGAAAAUUUAGCUUUUCGUCUAUUUCUUCAUCCAUUAAAUGAAGAUCAUGAUAAUAAUGAUAUUUUAAAUCAUAAAAUCUUUGGUGGACAGGCAAAAAUUAUUGGGCAACGUCGACGCCAACUCAUUCUUGAAAUAUCAAAUAAGAAAGUUUAUGAUGAGUGUUUGACAUUUGGUGUACUUCGUAUUGGCACUAACUCAAGAUUAAUAAUAGAAAACUAUAUUCCAUUAAAUGAUCCUGAAGAACUUGAAAUCGAUGCUGAUGUUUGGUAUGAUAGUGAAAUGAUGCAUUAUAAACCGGAUAUUAUGCAAUUUAUUGCUGAUCUUGAUCAUCCAAUAUUUCGUUACAAAUGGAAUGCAGAUGCAUGGCUUCAAAAAUUUCAAAACGCAAAAUCCUCAAUUUUUGCCAACGAUGCUCAUUCAGAUCUAUCAUCUGAUCAAAUUCGUCAUUUACUUCAAAUGACUGUGAUGUUGAAUACUAUUGGAGUUAUACGAAAAAAAACUUACCUAAUUAAUAAUCAACAAAUCAAAUUGAAUUUAGAUUCAAAACUAAAAACUAUCGUCUACAAUCAUGAUUCAUUAUUGGAACUUAGUCAAUCAAUCGAAUCAUCAAAUACUCCUUACACAGAAACCAAAGUCAAAGUAAUCAAUGCGGAUUGUGUUUUUGUCUAUGAAGAAUGCUCUAAGAAAUACAAGAAACCACUACUUUUAAAUAUGGCAAGUGCAACAAGUCCCGGUGGUGGAUAUAGAAAAGGUGAUGGAGCGCAAGAAGAAAAUCUUUUUCGACGAUCAGAUUAUUUUCGAAGUCUUGAUACUGAUCUUGAUUCUAUUCAAGAUGAAAUACCGGGACGAUUUUAUUGUUCCAAUGAUGGUAAAAUUCGUUCUCUUGUCGAUCUUACAACUAUGUAUCCAAUCGAUGAAUAUGGAGCGAUUUAUACAUCUGGUUUAACUUUCUUUCGAAACUCCGAAGAUAAAGGUUAUGAAUACAUGGACAAACCUCUAGAAGGUGUCCAUGCAUUGGCCGUGGCUGCAUAUCGAAAUCCAAAAUUAGACGGAAACCUGUUAUCACCCAAAUAUGCUGUUGGAAUGAGAAAAAAAAUCGAAAAUCUUCUUUCUAUUGCUCAUUAUCAUAAACAUGAUUGUUUAAUUUUAUCAGCACUGGGUUGCGGUGCGUUUCGAAAUCCACCUGAUCACAUCGCCAAAUUGUUUCGUUCAGUUAUUGAACAGUAUGCUGGUUUCUUUCAAACGAUUAUCUUUGCAAUUAUUGAUGAUCAUAAUAGUGGACAACAACAUAAUCCUGAUGGAAAUUUCAAAUCAUUCAAAGAUGAACUUGAUGAACUUCGUUUAGAACCAUUGACACCAUUAACUCAACCUAAUACUAAUUUUGGUCCGUAUCGAGUUUCACCUGACGGUUUAACUAUAUCUGAUGUUAGUAUCUUUGAUUUACAACCAUGUCAAUUGGGUGCAAAAUGUAAUGAAAUUCAAGAUUCAAAACAUUCUCGACUCUACUCUCAUCCAUCGCUAUGUAAAGAACGAUCUUUAAAAGGUACAUGUACAAAACUAAACGAUAGUAUUCAUAUGUCUUCAUUUAUUCAUCUAAAUCCAUGUAAAAACGGUGCUCAAUGUAAAGAUAUCGAUAAUACAAAACAUAAUCAAGAAUAUGAACAUCCAUCUUUUUGUCCAAAUAGAAAUAUUUGUUCAGAUACAAGCGAUGAGCAUGAAAACGCUUAUCGACAUUUACCUUUAUGCAAAUCUUUCCUGAAAUGUUUGGACUAUCAAAAACAUGUUGCAAGUCAUUGUGAAAAUUUUCGUCAUUGUAAUCCGUCGUGUCAAGAUGGAAAGUAUUGUGCAAAUUUUCAUGUUAAACAACACAUCGAAAAUUAUAAACAUCCAUUUCCAAAUCCGUGUCCAUUUACGCCAUAUCAUUGUUCAUGGUAUGAACAAUUCAUAUCAGCAAGCAAUAACGACGUUAUUUCAGGUGAAAUCGAGCAGCAUUGUCUUGAUUUUGCGCAUGUAUGUGUAUUGGGAAGAAAUUGUGCUAACAAUGAUUCUCUACAUUGGGAAAAGUCCAUUCAUGUUCGCCGUCCUAUUUGUUCAUUAGGUAAUGAAUGUACCAAACUUAUUCAAGAAGAUCAUUUGAGUUCAUUUACACACCCGAAUGUUUGUGAUAUUCGUUUUCUAUGUAAAGAUGCCGAUAAGUGUCAUGACCGUCACGAUGCAACACAUAUGGCUAAAUUUCGACAUAUAAUUACAUUGGAAGAUAGUGGUAUCGUGCGGUAUUAUAAUUUAAAUCAAAAUAUUGAUUUUGUUCAAAAUCAAAAACAUAACGUAGAACGUGUUAGACGUUAUGUAGAAAAUGAAAAAUGGGAACCAUUACCAUCUGGAUCAAUUCCGCAAAACAUUAUCGAUUGGAUACGAACUGUUCAGCCUGUUCAUCGAUGUCGACCAGAAAUAUUCGAAUCAAUUCUUCUUCAUGGGCAUGUUAUGAGUCGAGAUUAUAUGGACAAUUUAAAAAAGUCCCCAUGCAUUAUCGAUUCCAUCCUUCAACAUAACGAAUUACGAAGAAUUAAAUAUUUCAAAGAGAAAAAAUGUGCAAAAGACAUCAAAGAAUAUGUAACUGCUUUAGUUAUAGAAGAAUUGGAAGGAAACAAUUCUGAAAAUACCAAAUCAGAUGAACAUUCAAGAGAUAAUGUACUAAUAUCUCCUGAUGGACUUGCUUCGAAAUCUCGUAAAGAAUUGAUUAGAAACAAAGAAGUUAUUCUAUCGAAUAUACUUUCUGAAGAUGAAAUUACAACAAUUAAAACAAAAGCAAUUGAAAUAGCUCAAGCUUCGAUAAAACUUCAUUCGAAUCCUGCUGGCAUCAACCAUCCUCCUGACAAAGAACUAGGAACAAAUCGAAAUGUUUUUAGUAUCCUGGGACCACAUUUGGGUCAAUAUGGAGAUGUAUUUAUUGUUUUCAAACGAGAAAUUCUCCAUCAUCCCGACUCAAAUUUUACUGUACAAGCAGCAACAUCCUAUGCUAGCGGAAGAGCUUUCAAAUGGCGUCCAUGGUUAGGUACUGAUCCAGGCUCACAAGAUGCUCGUGUUAAAUUGUUUCACAGUACUAAAUUACAUGCAUCCAUACCAGACUAUGAGUAUGCAACUGCUCUUGAAUUGAUUGCUACGACUAGUCAAACAUUAAAGAAGAAGUCAAUGAAUAUUGAUUUACCAACAAUUCUUAAGCGCUGGUUAACUGUCGAUUCUCAUAUGACUAUAGAAGCUCAUUUACCUCAACUAAUACCGCUUGAUUAUAUCGAUCACAUUUAUAUGUCAAAGAAUAUUUUCGAUACAUUCAAUAAUAAGACUUGUGAGACUAUCAAAACUAUUUUUGAUAAUCGUAUUUCUAUUCAAUCAAUUGAAUCACGAAAAGAACAUGAAAAUUUUGUUAUGAAAGAAUUAAUUGAUAAAUUUGGCCAACGUGAUAUUCAUUCAAUUUCAAGGCCUAUUCAAGGUGCAGUCAUAACAAUACCAGCAACUGACUUUAAUGAUCAUUUCGUUUUACCUUUAACUAUUUCACAAACAUAUGAACAGUAUAAAAUCGAUCAUCCACAAAUACCAACUGAUGGUACUGUUUAUAUCUACUGGCAAAUAAUGAAUGGCGAUAUGAUGUUAACAUUAACGAAUGAGGAAAUUAACACAGGAGAGAAACAACCAAAUCUACGUUGUUUAACAUGUUAUAUAGCCGAAAAACCUUCACGAAAAAUUAAUUCUUACCACGAGCAUGCUUCGUAUUUACAUAGUGGUCUACUUUUUCAACAUGAAAUUGUUGUACAAGAAGAAGGCUUUUCGGCUAGUUCUACAUCAUUCUUUAUUGGUUGUAAUACGGAUGAUUUUAUGACAUUUCGUCUUGAAAUUCAACGUUCAACAGGAACCGUUACUCUAUCACAUUCAGGUUCAAAUUCAAUUUAUAAUCAUGAGCAAAUCUGUGCGACGUUUUCAAAAUCUGAUUUUGAUCUAAAUCAAUUAAAUUUCAUUCAUGUUAGUGCUGGAGCGCGUACAGUACCUAUUCGAAAUUUAUUUGUCACUUUCGAAAAACAAUCUGAACCAUUCGACAGUAUUGGUAGUAAUGUCCAAACUAAUUUAUCUGAUCUUCCUCGUGACGUUCUUGACGAUAAUGUGACCAAAAAACUUGAUCAGAGUCAAGCAGUUCCUAAACCAGGUCGGUCUCCUGUUAUAACAUCAUCAAAUAGAUUUAUUCAACGUCCAAUAAUUAAAUGGUCAUUAGUAUUUUUGUUUAGUCUAAUAAUAUUAAGCACAAGUUUUUAUGUAUUACAAAAACGAUUCGAUGUCACAGAUAAAUUGCAUUCUAGCUUAAAUACUGCUAUGAAUCAUUUUAACACAAAAAUGGAAGAUUUUUCUUCGAAAUUAAUCAAUUUUCAGCCAUAUUCAAUAUCUUUAUCGAAUAUUCUUAUACUUUUAAUUCGAUUUAAUUGGAUCGGAUUUUUCAUUAUUAUAAAUGAAUUAUUAUUAUAUCAUGGAUAUUUUGUAAAUUAUACAGGAACAUAUCGAUUGUUUAAAGAAAAAUUUCAAGAUUGGUACGCGACUAGUCGUUUAAAAUACGGAAUUUUCAUUUUAUUACUUUUAAUCGGUCCAUUUUUAUUGGAAAUCUUUAUAUUUUAUUCUUCAACAUUGCUUAAACCGUUUUUAAUAAUUAUGCAAACGUUUCUACGCUAUUUUUGGUUAAUUUCACUGAUUACUCUUUGUGAAUCAUUCGGAGAUUAUGAAUAUUCUUCAAGUUAUGUUCGAAAAUAUCAAAAAAUUAAACGAAUUAUACAAGAUUGGUGUAUCAAGCACAGAAUUCAACGUACAAUUCUUUUUCUAAUAAUACUUGCAAUACCAUUUCUAUUAGAUCGAACUAUAUUAUAUUCUCUAAUUAUUUUAAACAAAAUUGUUCAUCCUCUAUGGACAUCAUUUGUAUUUAUCGUUCGAUAUAAUUGGCUUAUUUUAAUCUUUAUACUUGAUGGAAUUUUAACUAAGCAAACAUAUUUUACAAAUUUAUCUGGAAAAUAUCGAGAUAGACGAAACAAUAUUGACAAUAAGCUUUCGCAUAUUUUUAAUGAAAAAUAUACACGUGUAAGACAAAUAUUAGGUAAUUGGUAUAAAAAUGAUAAUUUAGAAAGUCGAAUAACUAUAACUACAAUAUUAAUUCUUCCACUUAUCAUAGAAGUUAUAUUUCUAUAUACUAUACCAAUCACAAGGACAUUUUUAUUUUUUUCAUGGAAAUUAUUAAUUUUCCUAAUACAUUAUCUUUGGUUAAGCAUUAUCAUUAUGAUAAAUGAAUUUAUAUUUCUUGAAAAUAAUUAUUUUCCAAAAUAUAUUCAAUUAUAUAAAUCUAUAAAAGAAAAUAUAAGUGAUUGGUGCGAUGAUAAAAGAUUUCGACGUGUAGUUAUUUUAGUUUCUAUAGUUGUUGGUCCAUUUAUAUUAGAAAUGUGUUUUAUUUGGUUUAUACCAAUGACAAGAUUGUUAUUUUUUCUCCUAUGGAAUUUAUGUCUAUUGUUAAUUACUUAUUGUUGGCUGGUAUUGAUUGUAAUUAUUAGUAAAAUAUUAGAAGAAAAUGACGCGUUUCCAAAGUAUGUAGAAAAAUUUAAAUCAAUUAUGGAUCUACUUGAGAGAUGGGCCGGGAGUAGUAACAUUAAAUUUGGUAUAGUGGCUAUCGUAAUCCUAGCUGCGCCAGCUUUUUUCGAACACGUUACAAUUCGAUCGAUGUCGCUUAGAGAAAUAUUUAUCUUUCUUUUAACAACGCUAAUUCUAUUCAUUAUUCGGUAUUGUUGGUUGACAUUAAUAAUAAUUAUUAGUGCAAUUUUUGAAAACAAUGAAAUAUUUCCUAAAUAUGUAAAAAAAUUUAUAUCAAUUAUAGACACCCUCAAUAGAUGGACCAGGAACAGUAAAUUUAAAGGUGGAAUACUCUGGGUUUCGCUCGUAUCUGGUCCAUUUGUAUUAGAAAUGAGUAUUGUUUGGUUUUUACCAAUGAUGAAAUUACUUUUUUUUCUCUUAUGGAAAUUAUUUAUAAUUUUAAUUCGGUAUUGUUGGCUUCUACUAUUGGUAAUUGGUAGUGAAAUUUUAGAAGAAGCUGGAAUGUUUCCAAAAUUUGUUGCAAAAUACAAAGAGUUAAAACAACAAGUCGAGCGUUGGAGUAAAGAUGAUAAAUUAAAAAUUGGAAUAGUGAUAUUUACAGUGUUAUCCGGUCCAUUUCUAUUAGAGAUGUUUCUAUUUUAUGGUAUAAAGGCAAUAGUAGCUGGAAUUAUUUUCGUUGUGAAAAAAACAUUCUUUUACUUGGCAAGCAUAUUUGGUUUUUAUUGUUUAUCGCGUCUGAUUCAUCGUUGA